AUGUCUUCUCGGAUAGUCUCGCUCCCACACGAGGUCCUUCUACUCCUUGCUGGCCAUUUGCAUGGACUGGAGGAUUUCGGCAACCUCUCUUCAACAUGCAAGGACAUGCGGUCUAUCUUGGCAGACGCACUGCCCAACACCAUCUUGCGGCUCGCAGAACGACAGUCGUCCAUCUCCUUCUUCCCGUCCUCAGAACUGCUUGUAGCAGCAACGGCUCGCGAGCUUGGGAACUGGGCACGCAAAUCGACAACCAAUGAAGAAACCCUCGCCGCCACCUUCCAAGGCGGCUUCGAGGCGUUGCUCGAGCUGGCCCUACUCCACUGCGGCCUUACAAUAAGUCGACUCCGUGAGCUGCAAGCCAUUCAGUACUCUAUCAUGAACCCAGUCAUAAACAUCAUAGACCAAUGCGUCGGCCAGCAGUGGCGCCAUAUUCCCGACUUCUGGUCCGGGGGGGCAAGCGAUGCCGCCUCUAUCGCUGCAGAUGCUUCGGAUACCUUGUUUCAUCUCGCCAUCUACGGCGAGUUCUUCGCACCCGAUAUCGAAACAUACCUGAAUGGCAACCAGGCCUUGCCAGUUCAACGACCCCUCACCCUUGCUACGAGACUCGAAUAUCUCAAGUAUUGCGUCCCUGAUGAGCACUGUCUGCACAUGAGCGAGGAGCAAGCCGACAUGGCUGCUGCCCGCGGAGUCCCGGUAGAUCCCCGACGAAUAGUCAACCAUGUCGGCCCGUAUGCCUUACAUGAUGAUAAGAGCGAAGUUCUCAGCGAAAUUUACGACGAGGAAACUCCAAACUAUUACUUUGAUGAUAACAAUGAAUUGCAUGUCAAUCCAAUUCAAUACGGCCGUGUUGACGAGAAUAAUGAACCUCGGACCAACCCAGCUAAUGACGAUGCAUUCCGCCGCAAUCCGUGUCGCAACAAUUUAUUUCAGAACCAUUUUUUUGAUGAGGACAAUGAGGACGAUGAGUUUACGGAGAAUAAUUGGUUUGGUCAGAAUAACGGUUUUAAUGAGGACUAUGGCUUCGACGUGGAUAAUGGUCAAGGGCCUGAAGAACCACCAAAUGACAAUAACUUCGCAUUGGUAUGGCUACUAGACAGCAGCCGUUGGCGGCCACACUGGCAAGAGGCCCGGCAGAGAGUCGGGGAGGAUUUCGAAGCAACCUACCGCGACAUCGAGCAUUUCACAGAGGACGACCCAGGAGACUGGAGGCAGAGGCUGUGGGAGAACACCAUGCUCUGCCAAGGGCUGGAGGGCCUGGGCAUGAUCGUACCUGGACUGCAAGACGCCUGGCUGGAGAGGAUCCGCGGAUGGAGAAGAAAGAUUGCUGAAAUGGCUGAAGAGCCUCGCAUGCUCGUGUUGGGCGAACAGGUUACGUAUGACUAUCCAUACUUGUUUGGAGAGCUUCGUAUCUGUGGGCAGGGCUUCGUUGGUGCUACUCAAUAG